CAAGUCACAACGCUUCCUUAUAUCCUACCUACUAGGCUACUACUACUACACCCUAAAUUCUAAUAAUAAUAAUAAUAAAUAUAGCAGUUGCUUCAAAUAAGGUUCUAAAUAUGGCAAAGCUCAUCGUGAUCCUCUUUUCUUUAUUCUCUUCGCUUGCAUUGGUGAGACUGGGUAGCUCUGCAUCAAUUUCUCCAGAAGCUUACUGGAAGAAUAAGCUGCCGAACACUCCUAUGCCUAAAACUAUCGAGGAGUUAUUGACCCCAGCUGGAGGUGAACCAAGUGAUACACCACUUAAAGGACUUCAACCAAGUGCGAAAGAAUCAUUAGCCAGCAUCAACGGCUACAAUGGAUUGUUAUCUUACAGUAAAGCCUCUUUGAGAAGUCUCAAUGGUUACAUAGGACUUUUAUCCUACAACAAAAAACAGUCGUUAGCUUCCUCUAAUCCCAACUACUUAUCUUAUGAUAAGCAAGGAUUAGAUUCAAAUAAUCCCAACUAUCUAUCUUACGAUAAACAAGGUCUAAACUCCGAAAAUCCAAACUAUUUAUCUUACAAUAAUAACAAGCAAGGAUUAGAAUCUACCAACGGUUACAUUGGAUUGUUAUCUUACAACAAAAAGGGAUUAGAAUCUACUAACGGCUAUAAUGGAUUGUUAUCUUACAACAAAAAAGGAUUAGAAUCUACUAAUGGUUAUAAUGGGUUGUUAUCUUACAAUAAGAAACAAUUAACAUCUACGAGUGGUGGCUAUGGUAGUUUGUUAUCUUACCAAAAAAAACAUGCUGAUCAUGCCAAAGAAUCGUUCCAUGCAACCAAAGAUCAAGUUUUCUUUGUGGAGAAAAGCCUCAACCUAGGAACAAAGAUGACCUUACACUUCCAAAAGAGCGUGAAAAAAGGUUUCUUCCUACCUCGCGAAGUUUCAAAUAAAAUCCCAUUUUCAUCUAAAAAAGUACAAGAAACACUCCAAAUUCUUUCCUUAGACCCUAAAUCAAACGAAGCUUAUGUUCUCUCAAAGAGGAUUGAGUUAUGUGAGGAGCCUACAGUCGAAGGAGUCGAGAAGAAAUGUGUAACUUCGCUCGAAUCCAUGGUAGACUAUGUAAUCUCCAAGAUUGGUACAAAUGUAAAAGCACUUACAACUGAAGUAGACAAAGAUCACUCAAUGAUGGAGUAUACAAUCAAAGGGAUGAAAAAUCUAGUGAAAAAUGAUCAUGAGACUGUAGUUUGCCAUAAGAUGGGGUACCCUUACGCCGUGUUUUUCUGCCAUAGGACGAAGACAAUAAGGUCUUACAUGGUUUCUUUAGUAGGGAAAGAUGGUACCAAGAUAGAGGCAAUUGCAGCAUGUCAUAAGGAAACUAAUGAAUUCUUAGACAAUUACGCGAAAAAUGUUCUUAAAGUUGUGCCAGGAAGUACCCGUAUCUGCCAUUUCCCAGCUGCUAAGGAUACCAUUAUAUGGGUUCCCAAGUAAAGGAAUUUGAGCUUGUUGAUAGCUUUCUUAAUUUGUUGCUUUACAUUAUACUACCCUUUGUUUAAUUAGUUUGUUGAAAUAAGUUACGAAUUUCGGACCUUAUUGUCUUAAAUUUGUCCUCUUCACCAGUUUAUGUAUUUGUUUGCAUAAAUAUGUAGCUUCACCAGCUUAUUGAGAGUAAAUGAUAAUGGAUGCAAGUUAUGCAAUUUAUGCUAAUUGGUUGUGCAACCAAAUAGCUAGGUUUCAGUCUUA